CUCCGUCGUUGAUGUUUUAAACAUGGUAGCGAAAUAGUAAACAACACUUAUUCUGUUGGUUCAUUUUACUUGUAUAUUUAAUGGCUUACGACCCUAGUAAAUGGUUUAGUUACAGUAAACUGUAUGACCAAAGCAAGGAAUAUGAUACUAAUGCACCUACUUCGGAGUUAACUACCACAUAUAAAAGUCCUGACAAUAAUCAAUCUGAUGUCAAUUUUUAUAAUGGACCAUCCUCAGCGAAAGAGUUAAAUAGUAACAUUUAUUCGAACGCAAUGUUUAUGACACAAGAAAAUAAAGAUGAAUAUGAUCCAUGUGCUCCAGCUAUCAAUCAAAGAACAAAAGAUGAUAUGUUUAAUACGGAUCAUGCUUAUGAAAAACCAGACCCGAGAAAACUAGAUCAUUACAUUACAAUGCUACAAAAAAUGAUACAUCCGUUAUCACUAGAGUACAAGAAGAAGCUUCCAUAUGAUAUGAUCUGCCAAUUGGCCCAUUCAAUACUUGAUGGAACUGUCUUUGAAAUUGCUAUUGGCCUUAAGGAUAUUCAACGUAUAACAGAGAAGAACCUGCUAAAGAGAAGAAAUGUUGUAGUAAAUGAUCACAGACAAAAGAAAAGUGAAAUAGUCAAACGACAUGAAAAGGAAAUAGAGAACUCACAAAGUAGACCACAUCAAAUUCUUGUCCUAGAAAAGCAACAAAAAGAGGAAAUUAUUAUGUUUAAAGAAAAAUGUGACAAGGAACUAACAACUUUGGAUCAAAAGCUUGUUCUUGAAUUGGACCAGUUAAUGUCUGAUCAACAGGCAACAUUACAGCGUGCUGGAUUACCAUUCUUCUACAUAACAAAUGAUCCGGAAGAUAUUCGUUUGCAAAUGUACGUGCUGGGAUUUAUCAUGAAGUUGGCAGCUGGGUAAAUUUAUGAUGUUGACUGCCGGGUAAUUGAAGUUACCAAGUGGAUAAUUUAUUAGUGUUGAUGGGACAAAUGUUUUCACUGAGUGUGUUCAGUGCUUUUGAAUUCACAAAAAAAUAGUUUAUUUGAAAAUUGUAAAAAAUGUUUUGAUAUAGGACAAAUGUGUAUUCGACUUAUCAUGAAUCGCAAACUUCUCGUAGCGCAUAAAUCCGACUGACGUUUAACAGAACUUUAACUCUAUUGACUCGUUUGUCUCCUACAAUUUUCCAGAUUAGAUGAUCUUUCAUAGUAGUGCGCGGCUUUUCCUUUAUUUUUCGUUUUACGAACGAAAAAUAAAGGAUUUUUUAAGAUUAUUAUGCAAAGCACCUCUGUUUGGCAGUUAAAAAAACUUUCCAGCUUUUUAUUCCAUUUUAUUAUUAAUGGGACGUACACAUGCGUGUUGCUGAUAGUGUUAAUUAUUUCAUGGGAGGCGCACCCAGCAAAAGAACGAGUUUACGGAAAUUUAUCCAGCAAUCCUGAUCAAAUACGCGAAAGAAAGGGCUUUGCUAGUCUGAAAUCAUCCUUAGCCAACAUUAUCCUUAUC